CCCAAAUACGGCUGGCUCGAGGCUGAAAUUAGCAUCAAGAAAUGUUAGCUUGGGAUGAUGAUCCUUGUGCCACGGGAUUGAUUAUCAUCCUCUCUCCGCCACCAAGUUUUGUCCCGAUCAUUGAGCAUUGGGGAAACCUGAGACCCUUUUCUGGUCCCCAAGAAGUAUUUGCAUCUCUUCACGAUGGAUCGACCACCCGCAGGAGGAGAAAUCUCGCCAGAAUUCACUCCUUCACCAUCCCAGUAUUCGAGCAUUCAGCAACCUCCUCCCAAAUUCGAGCAAGAACGUUUGGUCACCAGGAAACCAGUCCCAAGCCUGGGAAAGACGCAUUAUGAGCAAGUCAAUCCAGUUCCAGAUUCGUGGCAAGGGUUUCCAGAUGAAAAAGGGUUCCAGUGGCUGCCAGGUCUGUGGACGCAUGUUCCAAUACCUGGAAUGCUGGCAGUGAUCGGUGCUUUGAUCUGCAUCGCUGGGACCGUUGCUGUACUUGUCAGAUCAGAUGGGAUGCCAGUUACUGACUGGACGCUUUCACCUACCGUUUACAUUGCCCUGAUGACCACAGGCACAAAUAUGCUGUUGCGGUUCGCUUUUCACGAGGGCAACAAGAUUGCCUGGUGGUACAGGGCGAUUCAAGGAGGGACUUUGCGAGAUCUUCAUACUAGGUGGGAAUCAGGAGAUGGAUUCUGGGGAGCUUUGGGAGCAGGUCGAAAUUUCAACCUUGUCUCUCUGGCAUCUCUCGCAGCAACCUUCAUCGUCAUCGACCAGCCGUUGAUCCAAAGAGCUUCAACAAUCGUCCCCGCCCAGUUCUCACGCUUGACGAAUGUUACUGCCACGAUUGCUCCUGAGAUUCCUUAUGGGUAUACUGGAGCUCAGUAUGGUCGAGGGUCAUAUCAACAGGUUAUGACGCAACCUAUGAUUUCUGCAUUCAACGAUUACAAUACCCAGGCUUCGAUCACUACUGGUUUUGCUGGAUGUUCAGAUACUUGCACCGGUUUUGUUGACGCUGGUGGAUUGGCUGCUGAAUGUACCACGAUCAGUGGACCUAUCGCCUACCUACAGUCGCCGAAAACGAACGCCAGCAACGACAUCUUGGACAGUGCUUUUCUUGCACAGUCUCCCUUCAAUGUCAACUUCACUCUGGUACCUCAAAUGUCGGAGACAAAUGCGUCGUAUAUCCUCAUGAUGGUGUCAUACACAACUGAUGCACAUUCAAGCAACUGCGGCGGUACUCUGAUUCAGAGAUCUUGCAAGCUUCAAUCUGCUACGCUGAGGUAUCCCAUCACUCUGAAGAAUUCGACCUUGGAGUUAGGGAAUAUAACUACGGAUGCAACCAUUCAGUCUUUCCAACCAGCGGGGAAUAAUUCCAUUAGCAUAGAUGGUGGAUCUGAUUAUGAUAGAUGGACUCUUGGAGGUUUGUACCUGGCCGCAACUAGCUUGUUUCAAGCGAAUGCUACCUAUCAAUGGAUAGGAGCUUUGGGAAAUAUGUUGACGCUUCCCGAUACUCUGUCGAAUCAAUUUCUGGAAACGCCAAUUGGGAAUGAUACUCUCUAUGGACUUGGACUCCCUGCUGUUUGCUCAUCGAAUUGGACUGAUCCAACAAGUCAUAUUCUGUCAGCACUCAAUCAGAUCGCCUUUCGAGUGUCGAUCAAUGCAGCAGGAUUCCCUUUUCGAAAUACGACUUCCCCACCAUCACCGCAGAUCCUAACGAUGCAAGAAGUACGGACAAUCAACGUCUUCCAGUCCGUGUACAGAUUUUUGGCGGCUAGUACGGUUCUCACAGUGGUAUGUGUUGCUCUUGUGCUUCCGACGUUCAUUGGAUGGUGGGAGCUUGGGCGAAGUGUGACACUCAAUCCAUUGGAGUUGGCAAAAGCUUUCGAUGCUCCACUACUCAGCGGACCGGGUUCGAAUGCACCACUGCAUGAAUUGGUUCAGACGAUGGGAAUGAGGAAUGUGAGGUAUGGAGAAGUAGAAGGGAGGGGACAACUUUCGAGAAGGGAACUGAAACUUGCAGAUCCUCAAGAGCUUGUGAGACCAAGUCCUGGGGUGGUGUACGAAUGAGGAGAUGCAAGUUGAAACAUAAUUCUUACAGAAGCCGCCCUCCCUCCUGAAUGUCCUGUCUACCGGAUUUCGAAUACCUCAGUUUGGAUACCCCAGCUUGGCUGACAGCGUCCGGAGAUGAGCAAGGUACAUAUGCAGAAGGA